ACAGGAUCUGCUGGGGAUACGGGAUCUGCUAUGACAGGGACUAUAUGACUUCUGCACUUCAUCCCUGGUAACAAGGGAUAUUAGCACUUGCAGUUCCCCAGCCUCCAUCUCCAAAACUUUCCCUUGGAGCAGAUACUAAUAAGCUGCCUGGACUCCCUGGGACAUCAGUUUUGUUUCUAGAUAUGAGUCUUAUAAGGUUUUGCAUCUUCUUGUCGUCACUUGCCCUGAUUGUGGAAGGAAGACAAAAGCGUCAGUUGGGAGGUGGCAGAUAUGACCCUAUACAGCUUAAGGAAGCGUGCAACAAUAAACCCAUAGACCUUGUCUUCAUCAUUGACAGUUCCCGAAGUGUACGUCCCUAUGACUAUGUGAAAGUGAAAGAAUUCCUUAUUACCAUGCUAACAGUCCUCGACAUUGGCCCAGAUAACACCAGGGUCGGUCUUUUGCAAUAUGGCAGCACAGUGAAAAAUGAAUUCUCUUUAAAAACUUACAAGAAAAAAUCUGAUAUAGAACGUGCUGUGAAAAGAAUGAUGCACCUUGAAACUGGUACCAUGACUGGUUUAGCAAUCCAGUACGCUAUGAACAUAGCCUUUUCUGAAGCAGAGGGUGCCCGACCGUUAAACCAGAACGUGCCAAGAAUUGCUAUGAUAGUAACAGAUGGACGCCCACAGGAUCCAGUUGCUGAAAUUGCAGCCAAAGCAAGGAACACAGGAAUCCUAAUCUUCGCCAUUGGUGUAGGCCGAGUGGACAUGAGCACAUUGAAAUCUAUUGGCAGUGAACCUCAUGAAGAGCAUGUCUUCUUGGUGGCAAACUUCAGUCAGAUUGAAACACUGACCUCUGUGUUCCAGAAUAAACUGUGUGCUCCUCAUCUAUGUUCUACGGUUAGACAUGGCUGUGAUCACUUUUGUAUCAAUACUCCUGGCUCCUACCUAUGUAAAUGCAAACAAGGGUACAUCCUUAAUCCUGACGAGAAGACCUGCAGAACUCAGGAUUUAUGUGCUUCGGAAAAACAUGGAUGUGAACAAAUAUGCGUAAAUACUCCAGGAUCGUAUAUGUGCCAGUGCUAUGAAGCCUAUGAGCUCGCCAAUGAUUUAAAAAGCUGUACCAUUGUAGACUAUUGUGCCUUGGGUAAUCACGGUUGUCAACACGAAUGUCUUAACGUUAAAGAUUCAUACAUCUGUCAGUGCCGCUCUGGGUUUAUACUGAAUGCAGACAAGAAAACCUGCAGAAGACCAGACUACUGUGCAUUGUCCAAUCAUGGCUGCCAACAUGAGUGUGUAAACACAGAUCUAUCAUACUUCUGUAAAUGCCGUAGUGGAUUUUCUCUCAAUCCAGACAAGAAAACAUGCAAAAAGAUAAAUCACUGCGCUUUAGGCAGUCACGGAUGUGAGCAUCAAUGUGUAAAUACCGACAGCUCCUACCUAUGCAAAUGCAAUAAAGGUUAUGCCCUAAACCGUGAUGGAAAAACAUGUAAAAAAAUUGACUACUGUGCAGAGAAUAACCACGGAUGCCAACACCUCUGUAUCAGCCUGGAUGAGUCAUAUGUCUGUCAGUGCAAUGAAGGGUUUGUCAUAAACGAAGACAUGAAGACCUGCAGUGCUGUGGACUACUGUGGCUUACAUGAUCACGGCUGUGAGCACUUGUGUGUUAAUGCAGAAGGUUCCUUUACUUGCCAGUGUUUUGAAGGAUAUGUUCUUCGUGAUGAUAAGAAGACUUGCCAAAGUAAAGAUCUCUGCAAAACGUUAGACCAUGGCUGUGAACAUAUCUGCAUCAAUAACGAGAACUCAUAUGUGUGCAAAUGUUUUGAAGGAUACAUCUUGGGUGAAGAUGGAAAAAGAUGCAAAAGAUGUGGUGAAGGACCAGUUGAUCUGGUGUUCGUUAUUGAUGGAUCAAAAAGCCUUGGAGAGGACAACUUUGAUACAGUGAAAGAGUUUGUAAAUGAGAUUUUAGAUUCCUUGGAAAUUUCACAGAAAGCAGCACGAGUUGGUUUAAUACAGUAUUCUACUCAUGUCCGAACAGAGUUCACUAUGGCACAGCACAGCUCUGCCAAGGAUAUUAAAAAAGCAGUUUCACAAAUUAAAUAUAUGGGAAGAGGUACCAUGACUGGACUUGCCCUGAAGCUUAUGUAUGAGAAGAGCUUUACAGAAGCACAUGGAGCAAGGCCAAAAUCCAUGGGCGUGCCUAGAGUGGCGAUUGUUUUUACAGAUGGCCGAGCACAAGAUGAUGUAUCUGACUGGGCAAGCAGAGCAAAACAAAAUGGUAUUACCAUCUAUGCUGUUGGCGUGGGGAAGGCUAUUGAUGAAGAGCUGCAAGAGAUUGCUUCAGCACCUCAAGAAAAGCAUGUUAUACAUGCUGAUGAUUUCAGCUCCAUGGGAUACAUCACUGAAAAGUUAAAAUCCAGUAUCUGUGAAGGAUGGAGUAGUUUGAAACAAACAGUUGAUGUCAUCCACCCAGGACUUUUAUCUGAACCAAAAGCAGAGAGCAAAGAAGUGACUGUCUCAUGUUCCAUGACGGCUGUGAAGUUUACUACACAAGCAGAAGAGGAGCAAUGCCAGUGUAAGAGUAUAAUGGAUUACCAGAACAAAGCAAGCGAGGAAGUGAAGAUGCUGUCUCAUCAAUUAAAAGAAAUAACCCGACGAAUGGAACUUCUAGAAAAUCGUGUGGGACAAAGAUAAAGACAACAGACUGAGCAAACCUGAAAUAUUAACUUUGCAUUUGUACAUUUUAGUUUUCUAAAAUAAACCAAAACCUGGAUCCGAUUAUAGUUUUAUAAUGUAGUGAAGUACUUUACAUUGGAACUGCAUGUAUGAAUCCAACCUGAAAAAUUGAAAAUAUUUUGCACCAUUUCUUUAACAUACAGAAUACUGUGUAUGUAAUGUUGAAAAAGAAAAUCAUGUUAUGUAUAGUAUACGUUUAUGUUCUGUUGUGUCUCAUGUUGUAAGUCAGAUAUAUUGAGCUUAUGAUGAAAUGUGACAUUGUUUUAUAAAAUAUAAAUAUGGUAAAAAGGGUUAUAAAAUGAAUGGCUAUAUUUGUUAUUUAUAUACAAAUAAACCUUGUACAAAUUAAAUUUGUUAAAGACAAAAA